CCAUCUGAUCUGACUUCAUUUCCCCUUUUAAUUUUCUUCAAGUGAAAGAUCAGAUCAUCGGCAGAAACGUGUCAUGAGCAGCAGAGGUCAUUGGAGGCCGGCAGAAGAUGAAAGGCUUUGUGAGUUGGUGGAACGCUACGGUCCUCAUAAUUGGAACGCCAUAGCCGAAAAGAUUCAAGGGAGAUCUGGGAAAAGCUGUAGGCUGAGAUGGUUUAACCAGUUGGAUCCGAGGAUCAACCGGAGCCCUUUCACGGAAGAGGAGGAAGAGCGGUUGUUGACUGCUCAUAGGAUCCAUGGCAACCGAUGGGCUGUGAUUGCUAGGCUCUUUCCCGGUCGAACUGAUAACGCUGUGAAGAAUCAUUGGCAUGUUAUCAUGGCUCGUAGAUGCCGACAACGAUUCACUCCCUAUGCUAAAACAUCACUUCCCUAUCAUCACCAAAACCCUUCUCAGCCUCAGAUAACCCUUGGUUUUCCCCCACCUUUUUACAAGUUCAACCAAGGGUUCCCUCACCACACUUGUUCACCUCUGGAUCCGACUCAUUGUGUUGCAAUAAGUCAAGAUCAGAAAAAGCAGGCAAUUGAAUUCUAUGAUUUCCUUCAAGUGAAUACGGAUUCCAAUAGAAGUGAAGUGACAGACAACAGCAGGAGAGACGAAGAUGAAGUAAAUCAACAAGCAAUGCAACAGCACACAAAGACCGGGACUGCCUUCUUCGAUUUCUUGUCCCGGGGAAGCUCCUCGGACUGAUGUUCCUUUCGCCAUGUCUAUAAAACACUCAUCACUUGCAUGAAUACAUUGUAAAGAUAAAAAGGAAAAGAAGAACUAACUCCAACAUUUUGAUAGGUGAUACUGUUGCCAGUACUGCAUCGUUUGACAUAACAUAUAU